AUGUGUCAAAACGUCGGUAUUCUACCUGCGCGCCACAAAGGAACGACAAACUGUAAGUAUCACCAUAGGAGACAAACUACACACACUGGGCUCAUUAUGCCACCACAUCUUCAUCCUAGAAGCCAAUUCACAUCAUCUCUCUUUGCGACCACAUUAUUUGCCAGCUUCUUUGUUGUUAGCAUUCCUCACAUACUUCCAUGUCCUGCGCCAAGAAUAGCAUAUGCAGAUGAUGGAACAAGACCAUGCAAACAAGAAUGGAAAAAUAUCAAUGACAAGAAAAAUGAAACGGCCAUUGAUAUAGGAAGUACGGCACUUAUGUCUCAAUCAGAGAAGAGAGCAUGUCCCAUCCCAAAGCCUGGCGGCAUUAUAGGUGAAAUACUGGGAUUUAAAUUGAACGAGAAAACCUCGACAGACCAGGGCGGAAAAAAAUAA